GUUUCCCAUUCUCUUCCAGCAGCCACCGUAAGCCAUCUCAAAUUCAUCAGUCGGCACCGUAGAACUUUUACCCUAUUCUCAUCCUUCAUCAUCAAGUUCUCUCCUCUGUUCAUCGUAGGAAUUCAAGGGUUUUUAUUGAUUUUGGAAUCUAGUUAAUUUUGCAGGUGGUGAUUGCAUGAUUUGGAGCAUGAGAGCGAUUUACACCCUUUUAAAUUAGUAUUUGGAGUUUUAUUUUAUUUGAUAAUCUAGAGGUUGUAUUUAAAAGAAAUGUAUUAGUUCAUUGUGCUAGUAUAAAUUAUGGGUUAUUUUUAGUAGUUGUUUUAGCCUGUGCGUUUAGAUAUAAGUUGUAUCUAAACGUGGCGGUAGUAUCCCUAUUUUCUGUAGUUUUGGAUUUGGGCUUCCGCAAUUAUAAGAUAUUUUUAAUUAAAUAAAUCCAUUUUUAAUGAAAAAUUUUAGUUAUGAAAAUGGGGGUGUUACACCGUCCUCCCAAGUCCCAGCCGGCGUCGAAGUGCGAACUGGAACUCUGGAAGACUGACCUCGGCCUCUCUGCGAACUGUGAAGUGCGGCGACCUCGGCCUCUCUGCGAACUGUGAAGUGCGGCGACCUCGGCUUCUCUGCGAACUGCAGCGACCUCACCUCUGCGUCUGCGACAUCUUCGGCCACUGCUCGCCGUUGACGAUCGACCCUAACUACUGCUAGUCUGCUCAACGCCUAGAAUGGAAGGUGAUAAUUCCCAUGUAGGCGGUUGUGAUCCAUUUUCUCCAAUGCCUAUGAGCUCACCAGUAGAGUACCCUAAUUCGUCCCCCGUGGAUUCACCUAGUGCUAGGAAUGAAGCAGAAACUCAAGAAACUCAAGGAACUAGUCAAACUGUUGAAGGUGCCUAGUCGGAAUACAAUUAGGGCGGAUAUUCUAAAGCAGUAUGAGGGUCAAAAGACCACACUUAUUGAGUCUAUGAAUAGAAGCGCAAGUAAGGUUACAUUGACGACGGAUAUGUGGACUUCAUCUAAUGGAAAGAAGGGGUACAUGGCUAUUACAGCUCAUUUUGUGGACAACAAUUGGAGUCUACAUAAUUUAAUUUUGAGGUUUAUUUAUGUCCCGGCUCCACAUACAACAUUGGCUCUUUCAAAAGAAAUGUUGAAAUGUGUUUUAGAUUGGAAUCUUGAGAGAAAGUUGUCUGCAAUAACUGUUGAUAAUUGUUCAACUAAUGAUGCUUUAGUAAAUAACAUGUUCAAGCUUAAUCGUAAGCAUCUUUUAUUUGGGGGAAAAUUUUUCCAUAUGCGUUGUUGUGCACAUAUCUUGAAUUUGAUAGUGCAAGAUGGGCUAAAAGUUAUGGGGAGGGGGAAUGGAUUGGAAAGAGUUAGAGAUAGUGUUAGUUUUUGGUUAGCUACACCAAAAAGACAACAACUAUUUAAAGAAAGUGCAACACAUUUGGGCAUAGAAUACUCAAAAUAGUUAGUUCAGGAUUGUAAGACUCGAUGGAA